AUGAACGCGCUGGAAAUCAGAACCCUCACGCUCUCACAUCCGAAAACUGACGUGCAAGAAGGGACGAUUGUGCUGCACGGGAUUUAUCCACCAACGACCAACAGCACGGAGGUAUCUUCUGAAUUUUUGCUGGAAGUUCUGCAGACGUUCAGCGAGGAACGCAUUGAAGAGCAGAGCAGGAUUGAAGAGUGCAACCAGCGCUUGCAAAAGGAAUUUUCGACGCAAGAUUACUGCUUGCAGCAGCGGUUAAGCCGCCAGCUCAGCACCACAAUGACCUACUGGAAUGCCAGCGUCGUUGCGUCUCAAUCCUUCUUCACGCCUCAGCUGCAGUCUGCGGUAUCCCUUGUGCGAGGCCAGCCGAACGACGAGUAUCCCUUCUCGGUUGCCCUCACCUUUGUCGCUCCCGAGGAAAUGUACAAGGGGGGUCUAGAGAUCUAUGUGCCUCAGCGCACAUUCCUCUACGAUCCUGGAGCUCGUGAGCGCUACAACCCGUUCACGAGGCAGUUUUACAAAGUCGUCACUGCGGAUCUCCCCGUCAGACCCACAGGAGGCCAAGGAACCACCGUCACGCUCUACCCAGUCACAAUGGAAAAGGGUGAGGCUCUAACCGUACACCUCCCUUUGAAGGCCUUCUCGGAGGCCAGUGGGGUGUCUUGGCCAGCCCCUCAAGUGCUCGCUUAUCCUGAGGCUGCCACGCAGCAGUACAGCGUCAAACUCUCCAACUUGCAGCGCAAGGCAACAGCCGAAAUAACAAGGCUGCCGUCUCCCGUCUACACCCCCGGCAUGGUGGCCGCUGUGGUCGGACCGCAGCUGCAGAGCACCUCCAAAAGCCGCAGCAGCACGCUCGUGACGUUCCGCCUCCUUUUCGGAGAUAAGAUUCCUUCGGGGAGGCUGGAGAUAGGGGUCAUGCCUUUGAUAAAUGCGUCGGCCACGAAUGCCGGUACUGGCGCGCCGUCCUCCACUGGCACUUGCACCGGAUGGUUCCAGAGCUCGGAAGAAGUAGUGCACGAGCUGGACUGCCCGCUCGACGAGGGUGUCUUCCUAUUUAAACUCUUACCCUCAACUCUAGUCACGCACUACAACGCAGGCUGGGUUGCCCUAGGGUUUGAACUGGAACAAUCGGUGAUGGCCGUCGCCAGUUUCUUCCGGCUUACAGUGCGUGACUCAGCGGGGACGCUGAUUUACUCCGCCGAUCACCCCACGCCCUCCACAUUCAGCAAUCCGUGCAUACAACGCUUCUCCCACCGCCUCAUUAGUCCGCAGAAAACAGGCUAUAGCGCACGACUGCUCCUAGUCAUGCAAACCGUCAACUGCGACAACCCUGCACAGCCUCUGGGAGCCUUGGCGCAACAAGUGGAACCCCUCUCCUUCUCCCUCCCCUCCAUAAAUGGGCUCGAUGAGAUCGACUAUAUCAGCUCGGUCACCGUACAGAGGCAAGCGGCGGUAGUAUGUGCUGGACUUCAAACCGCUUUGUCGCUGAGCGGGGAUAGCGGCUUGGUACCAGGUGUGAGCAGCAGAAAGGCGAUGUUUGCUUCUUCUUCCAAGGCGCCCUCUUCUGCGGCCUUCCAAAACUGCGGCGCGCAUGCGAAGACUGGAGCGUGCAGGGAGAAGGCCACUCAGAGCUCUCUUGCCUCGGACGCCUCAGACCACCUAAACAUUCGUCCUUCCCCGAAACAGCUGCUAAGGCACCCCAGGCUAGCCGCAGCCUCGGUGCAUCUUGCCUAUCCCUACUCCAGGGCGUCUGGAAUGCGCAGCAUCAGCCCGCGAGGGCUAAAGCACACGCCACAACAACGAAAUCUCCUGGCAGCUCCGGCAUCUGCGCAGGCCGAGACGCCUCUGCCAGCUCUGCGUAUCGUCGUGGACAUUAUCGUGGAUAAUUCCAUCGGCUCAGAGGCGAGUCUCAUGAUUUCUGAAUGGGGAUUCAAGAGCUUUUACGCGUCUCCGAAGACGUGGUGCAACGUAACUGGCAUGGAGUGCUACGGACACGACUGGAAGCAGGGGAUGGUCUUCCAGUGGGGGGCGGUUGACCCCAAGAAGGCAACGAGAGAAUUGCCGGAGGAGUGGAAGGCCAUCAAAGUAACAGAGGCACUUCAACCUGUAAUUGAGUGGCGCCAGAUGGUUUCCUGCGAUGAGAUUCCCCCUCACCUGUCCGUUGUCAUCUUGCUAACCGACAAGUCGCUUGCAGAUGAAUAUGCCGCUUAUUUGGCCCAAGAGACCACGGCCUUCUCAGAACCGGAGUGGACGGAUCGCCCGGUGCAUGUACACGUCAUUGGGUUCUCGGAGCGAUCCUACAAGCCCUCGGAAGAUCCCCUUAGACCCUUGAAAGAGGUGCCCGUCACAGACAGCAGCAACCUGCUCACAGCGGCACUGGUAGACAAGGAGCUCACACGCGCGGUGGAGGAGAAGAUUUUCGUGUCCUUCUCAAGUGCCGUCCCUCUAGAGGGCCAGUACGAGGCAGACGCCCUUGUCAGCAGCCUCGAGGAGGUUCUUCACCUCGUUACGGAGGAGCUCGCAAAAAGCAUCGUCACCGUCGAAAUCUGCAGACAUCCAGUGCCGCCUCCAGGCUACGAGUUCCCAUGGCACACAAAAAUACAGCGCGACGGGGGCGAUGAUACGUAUAGAGCCAUCCAAAUUUUCUAUAAUGGGGAGAUGCUGAAAAAGAUGUUUGAGUUUCAUAUCCCGGAGUCAGAGCUGAAAGUCUAUACCGCGGCAAAGCUCGACUGGCAGUUUCGCAUGGCGUGUGAUGGAGAGUUCGACCCCGCCGAGUGA